UUUGACUUCACAACUCAUUUGGCAUCAGCAGCAACAUUAAAUCAAAUACAGAUACCUGCAAACUUGUGAUCAGCAUAAAUUCUCCCCCUCAAAUGUUUUUACUAUAUAUAGCCUUCUCAGAAUAGAAAUGUACUUACCAAUAAGCUGAAUGGACAGUCUCAUAUGCAAGUACUGCCGAGAAAGAUCGUCUGUGACACCAAGCACACAGUACAUCCGUUGCCAUGGAUGCCAAAGAGCUUUAUCAGUAGGCAGUACCGAAGAUGAAGUGCUUCCCAAAGGCUUGAGCCUAGAGACAAGAAAGAAGAUGACUGAAGAAAAGGAGCGCUGCCUUAGAGUUAGGAAGAAGUUUUUAGGCAGUAAUAGUCAACAUGGGCAAAUCAGCAAUCAACCUCCUUCUGUUAUUACCCAAGAUCCACCGGCAAAAGGGAAGCGUGCACUCCUUUGUGGAGUCACCUACAAGAAACAGAAGUAUGAGCUCAGGGGAACAGCACAGGAUGUGAAGAACAUGAGAGAUCUACUAGUUAAGCGAUUCGGAUUCCUGGAAGAAUCAAUCCUCAUACUCGCAGAAGACGAGGCGUAUAGGCCUCCAACAAGGAAGAAUAUUGAAGAUGCCUUUCAGUGGCUGAUGAGGGGCAUUCAGUCUGGGGACUCCUUGGUAUUCUACUUUUCAGGCCAUGGCUUGCGACAACGUGAUUUCCAAGGUGAUGAAAUUGAUGGGUUUGAUGAAACCAUCUGCCCCGUUGAUUUUCAAAGUAAUGGAAAUAUCUUGGAUAAUUACAUCAACAAAGCCAUUGUCAGACCGCUGAUUCCAGGUGUCACACUUCAUGCUAUCGUUGAUUGCUGUCACAGUGGAACUAUGCUUGACUUACCACAUGUGUAUAACAUAAACACGAGAAAAUGGGAUGACAACCGUCCUCCUUCCGGCACUUAUAAGGGUACAAGUGGUGGGAGGGCAAUCUGCUUCAGUGCAUGUGAAGAUUAUCAGCAGGCUGCAGAUACAACAGCUUUCUCAACAGAAAGAGAAAUGACUGGUGCCAUGACACACACUUUUAUAAGAGCAAUCGAAGAGGCAGUUGCCAGCAACAAACAAAUAACUUACCAGGGCAUACUGGAUUCAAUGCACGAGACUCUCAAGCAAGCCCAUAAAUCAGGAUUUCGUGCUGGAAUACGCAGGCUUUUCCACCGCAAGAUCUUACAGGACCCACUGUUAUCAUCUACUGAAGAGUUCAGCACCAGCACAGAGUUCAAGCUGUAGCAUGCAGAGUUGAAAAAUACAAUAAAAGAACAGAAAAAGGGAAUUAAAAUUUUACACAACUUCUUUUUGGCAGGUUUCAUCCCCUCAAGAAACUUGUUUUCAGUGACUGCUGACUCCCAUAUGUCCAGCGCUUCCUUUCAUGGUCUUCAAACUGUUUGUUAAUUUCCACAUGAUGUCCUCUUGUAAUAACCAUGCCCGAUGGUAUACACUUUUCAUUUCUUAAAUAAUUCUAAUUUUACGUUGAGGUUUUGUCAUAUCAUAUACUGAGAUUUUGAAAAUUAACAACUAUUUCUAUCUCUCCUGCCACAAACAUUUUCUGGGUUGUAUUGAACAGAGAAAUGUUGCAUUUUUCCAAGAAACUUCAUUCAUUUUAUUCAAUCUGAUGAAACUAAAUCAACAUUCAAAUUACAGAAGAGAGAUCUGUACCACCCUAAUAGUUCCAACUGAACAUAAAAUACCAGCUAAUAGAAUUGUGCACUUCCAACUUAACAUAACACCAG